UCGUAUUACCGGGAUUUCUCCGCCAAAAAAGGCAAUGUCUUCUACGCCAUUCUCACAGGUGGUAUACCUUGUGGGGUCUCAAGUUGCGACCAAGGCAGUGACUUUUGCCUCAAAUCAAGUGCUUCUUCGACGCAUCAGUCCGGAAAUCUUCGGUAUUGCAACUUACCUUGAGUUCCUUGUGAACACUGUGAUAUUCUUCAGCAGGGAGGCUGUGCGGAUAGCCAAUCAACGGGCAAAUUCCGAGAAGACCAUUGUAAAUUUUGCAUACUUGCCUGUUAUUCUAUGUGGGCCGAUACUAGCGGUGCUUAUGUAUCUCCAGACAUAUUCUGACUUAUACCAAAACACAGUAGUCAGGCUACCUUACAUUGGCUUUACGAUAUCGCUAGUGAUUGGACUGAUUUUACUUGAAUUGUGUGCUGAACCAUUUUUUGCUUUGAACCAGCAUAAACUAAACUUCAAGCUCCGGUCUCAAGUAGAGAGUCUUGCUACUUUCUUGAAAUGUGUUUCCGUAUUUGUGGCUGUGGCCUGGUGGCAGAAAAAACAGAACACAUAUAUGGCGAGCCCUGAUCUAUUUAAAGGCCAGGCUGUUUUGUCGUUCGCCGGCGGUCAAUUCGUUUACGCAGCUGUGCUAUUUUCUGGAUACUGGCUUGGAUCCAAAUCCGGAAUUCCCAAAUAUACCAAGGCUGAAGCAACAAACAUGUUCGACCAGAAUUUAUUAUCUGUCUGGAGGCUGUUAUUUCUGCAGAUGAUUUUUAAGCAUCUUCUCACCGAAGGCGACACAAUGCUUAUAAGCUAUUUGUUUACUGUGGCCGAGCAAGGCGUGUACUCAGUAAUUGCCAACUAUGGCUCCAUGAUAGCCAGAUUGUUAUUCCAGCCUAUUGAAGAGCUGGUACGAGUGUCAUUCACGAGAUCUAUUGCUCAAAAAGAUGUGGAUGUUACAAGUUUAAAUCAGACAAUGUCACAGCUCAUGACCUUUUACUUUAACCUCUCUCUACUCAUCGUGAUUGGAGGCUAUACAAACGGCUCUUUUUUACUACAGGUACUUCUAGGGAAAAGCGAAAAAUGGCUGCAAUCAAGUGUUUUUCACGAAUUCCCAAUGUACAUGCUAUACAUCCCUUUCAUGGCGUUUAACGGAAUUUUGGAGGCGUUUUUCAGCAGUGCAUCCACUCAGCAGCAAAUCGGUCAAUUCUCCCUUUUUAUGUCCUUUCUGAGCGUGUUUGUAUUCACAACCAUGUACGUUUUAAUAGGGAAACUAAAGAUGGGUAUCAGAGGGUUGAUUUUUUCCAAUAUGAUCAACAUGUCCUUGAGAAUCGCCUAUUGCCUCUUGUUUUAUGUGAAGUACUUCAAGAAGUUCGUCACAAUCACACCAGGAGCCGUAGUGAAAAAACUAUUUCUACCUAUGGGUCUUGUGUUCGGUGCCCUUUUCGUACAGAGGGUACUAUUUCACAAUGGAAUGUCAUCUACACCAAUGGAAUUUUUUCAAAGUCUUGUCAUUUGUUUAUUCUGUUUAGCGGGUAUGAUAGUCAAUGAAAGGCAACAACUUGUGUUUGCGUUUGGAAGGUUGACUCGGAAAGACAAACAUGAAUAAGAUGUGUCAGACGACGAAUUACGAAUAAUCCAUGAAUAUAUAAACUUAAUAUCGAAGACUGGUUUUUUCUAAAAAUUAAAAAGAAAAAAUAAUGGAGUUGCAGCUUGUACUUGCUGAUCUAUACCAAAGCCAAAGGACGUGCCAUCCACUUCGCCUCCACCACGGGUAGCCUACUGUGCUGAAUUGCUUCCCUCCAGUGAUGAUGCUACUCAUUGCUGACGAUUGAUUUGCUGAUUACUCGAGCAACCUGAAAGUCGACCGCAGGGAUCGAA